AUGGCUCUCUAUGCCAGGAUUAUUUAUAUCUUGACUGGACUAACAGUGCUUUAUUUGUUCUGUUCAUGUACAAAAUAUAAGCCAAAAAGAAAAAACCUUGUAAGCAAACAAAGUAAUAUAAUACUUUAUUUGUUCUCUGCAGGAGUUCACAGCAUAACUACAGUCGGUAAAGUCUCAGUGAAAACUGGGAAAUCUAUCUCCAUCCCAUGUCUCUAUGAGUCCCAAUACAAAAACCAUGUGAAGUACUUGUGUAAAGGAUAUUAUUGGAACUCAUGCAGCUAUGCAGUAAAAACAGACACAGCAGACCCUUCAGGAAAAUAUUCAAUCUCUGAUGACAAAAACCAGCAAAUUUUCACUGUGACUAUAAACCAGCUGGCCUAUGAAAACACUGACUACUGGUGUGUGGUGGAGAUUAAUAAUGGAGCAGAUUAUCGAAAAUAUUUUAAACUGUCAGUUACCAGUGGGAUGCCCAGUCUCCAUGUGGAUCAUCAGAGGAUUACAGGAUACAUUGGAGAGAACAUAACUAUUAGAUGUAACCACAGUUACUCUGGAGAAAUGAAGUGGUGCAGGCUGGGCAGGAACUGUGUGACAGAAUCAUCUGGAUCCAUAGAUGGAACAACAGUGACCACUCAUAUGAGCGACCCAAAAGUUUUCGCAGUGACCAUGAGUGGACUAAAGUCAGAGGACAGUGGCUGGUAUUGGUGUGCUAAAGAGGACAUUCAGAUACCAGUACAUUUAACUGUUACUGAGAAACCAAUCACCACUACUGCCCCUACUGUUGCUCAAGUUACCGGAAAUGGAACAAUUCACACAUUUGAAGACACACAAGAAAGAGUUCCGUUUGACCUAAAGAUCCUCAUCAUUCCUCUGAGCCUGCUGGUCGUGGUUGUAAUUGUAGCUUUUCUUUUCUGGUUUAUAAUAAGACAAAAGCUGAGAAAAGCAGAAUCAACUCCCACAGCAAAGAUUGAUGAGGAAGUGACAUACGCCAGUGUAAGAAAUGUGGGAAGAAAAACAGCUGAGAGGUCAUUUACAGAAGGUGAUGGGGAAAUCACAUACAGUUCAGUUGUGACCAUAAAGAAUCAAAAUAUCAAAAUGGGUGAAGAAAAAGUUUUCAAGUGCAGCAGUUCAUACGAUUUUGUCUGCUCACUUAUCAAUAUGGCUCUCUAUCUCAGGAUUAUUUAUAUCAUCACUGGACUAACAGGAGUUCACAGCAUAACUACAGUCAGUGAAGUAUCAGUGAAAACUGGGAAAUCUAUCUCCAUCCCAUGUCUCUAUGAGUCCAAAUACAAAAACCAUGUGAAGUACUUGUGUAAAGGACCUAAAUGGAAAUCCUGCAGCGAUGUAGUAAAAACAAACACAGCAGACCCUUCAGGAAAAUAUUCAAUCUCUGAUGAUAAAAAACAAUUUUUUUUUACUGUAACUAUAAACAAUCUGACAAAUAAAAACACUGAUUACUGGUGUGUGGUGGAGAUUAAUAAUGGACUGGAUUAUGGAGAGCAUUUUCAACUGUCAGUUACCAGUGGGACCCCCAGUCUCUAUGUGGAUCAUCAGAGGAUUACAGGAUACAUUGGAGAGAACAUAACUAUUAGAUGUCACCAAAGUUACUCUGGAAAAAUGAAGUGGUGCAGGCUGGGCAGGAACUGUGUGACAGGAUCAUCUGGAUCCAUAGAUGGAACAACAGUGACCACUUAUAUGAGCGAACCAAAUGUUUUCACAGUGACCAUGAGUGGACUACAGUCACAGGACAGUGGCUGGUAUUGGUGUGCUAAAGGAGACAUUCAGAUACCAGUAUAUUUAAAUGUUACUGAGAAACCAAUCACUACUACUGCCCAUACUUUUACUGGAGAUAGAACAAUUACCACAUUUAAAAAUGGACAACAAAGAGUUUCAUUUGACCUCAAGAUCCUCAUCAUCCCUCUGAGUGUGUUGAUCUUUAUUGUAAUUGUGGUGUUGUUCAUCUGGUUGAUACUGAGAAACAAGCAGAGAAAAGCAGACUCAUCAGCCACAGCAAUGGCCGGAGUGGAGGUAGCAUACGCUGAAGUUAGACCCAAGAAAAAACACUUAGGCAAGGUGGACCAGGAAGUAAUAUACGCCAAUGUGGGAAACAUUAGAAGAAAAUCACCCGAGAUGUCACUUCCUGAAAGUGAUGGGGAAGUCAUGUACAGUUCUGUUGUUACCAUAAAGAAACAAGAGGGGUGA